AUGUAUCUCUACUUGACUGGAUUCUCCUUGAACAGUGUCCUCAGCGGACUUGAUCUGCCGACGGGACCAGCGGGUUUCACUGCGCAACAGAUAUACAAUGACAAGUGGGAUAAUGAUUCUGAAGCAGUCGGUCCGGGAGAAGGGGAGGAUUGGGAGGCUGAGGUGGAUAAGGAAUUGGAAGCCGAGGGUUCUGACAGAGGUGGCCAGGUCAAGAUGGAGGCAUACUGUCUUCGAAAGAUUUCCGACUUCGAGAAGAAUCAAGUCCUGAACUUCACGGAACUGUUCAAGGGGCAUACGACGCAGAGGUCGAGGAUUCGAGAAGACCGUUCCAAGGCCGUCUACCCGAGAAAGAAAGAGACCCCACGAGGAUUCCUCGCUGCCGUAGUGGGCGACACAGAACGACAAGUCGAGAAUCAGCGUGUGGAGGAGUCGUGUCAUCUGGAAUGUGAGGUAGAUCUGUGGAAAGCGCUACAGGUAUCGCUCCCACUCGGACGUUCCAAUUUCUUACCUUUGGAUGAUCGCUCCUUCGACCUUGUUCUGCUUUCCAACUGGGAAGACAAUUGUUACGAACCUGACGCAGAUGCUAGCCUGCGCCGUUGGCGACCCCCGGCAGACCUGACAGCGCCACAAAAUAAGGUCCUCGAAUCUGGAGUGUGGACCAGAGAUCGGUUCAAUCUAUCCAAUGAUCAGUAUUACGAGGUCAACAAGGACGGUGGCCGGCAUCGUGUCCGACAGACGUUGAAGCUCCAGCUGCCUUUCGUACUACAAGACACGCUGUCCAAGCAGGAAGCGCGCUCUUUCCACCGACCCGCGUUGCAGUUUCCUUCGAACGUCGAAAUCCACUUCGCCAAGGUUCGCACUGCCAAGAAAAAGAAGGACAAGGCGGAGGAGCAUCCACCCAUCGUCUCAACUUCGGAAUGGGCAGCAUCUAGUCAAUACUACCGUAAGAAAAGUGAAAAGGAUGAACAUGUACCGAAGUUUGACCUGGGAGAGCCUAUUGUCAUUGAGCCUCAAGACGAGUCUCCCUUCAUGAAGUUUGGAUAUGUCUAUCCCGGACAGACGGUUCCUUCCAUCUACAACAACCUCGUCCGAGCACCCCUGUUUCGUCAUAAGGCAUACCCUACGGACUUCCUGGUCAUAAGGUCUACAUGCAAGAAUGACACGAAGUACUACAUCCGGGAGAUCAAGAAUCUAUUUGUGGUCGGACAGACCUAUCCUGUGACAGAAGUCCCUGGUCCGCACUCACGCAAGAUUACGAACACUAUCAAGCACCGCCUCCAGAUUAUCGCCUUCAAGUUACUCGCGAAGAGCGUGGAAGAGCGGCUUAAGAUUUCACGGCUGAUGAAGUACUUCCCUGACCAAAAUGAGCUCCAAAUGAGGCAACGCCUCAAGGAAUUCAUGGAGUACCAUCGCCGCGGCCCUCAUCAAGGCUUCUGGCGUCUGAAGGGCACAUGGACCAUACCUUCUGACAUCGACAUGCUCAAGAUGGUGUCGCCGGAACAAGUGGUUCUCUCCGAGAGCAUGCAAGUCGGUCAGCGCCAUUUGCAGGAUGCCGGUUACAGCUUCAAUGGCGAAGUCGCUGAGGACGACGAGGGCAACCUCUCCAUCGAACAGCAGCUUGCGCCGUGGAUCACGACCAAGAAUUUCUUAUUCGCCACGCAAGCAAAAGCGAUGUUGCGGCUCCACGGUGAAGGUGAUCCAACGGGGCGUGGAGAGGCGUUCAGCUUCGUCCGCGUGUCCAUGAAGGACAUCUUCGUCAAGGCAGGCGAGGAUUAUGAGCAGAAGCUUGCCGAAGCCGAGGCCGAGAACCGCCCUAAAUCUGCUCAUCGCUAUAACGUCGCCGAGCAACAACAGAUCUAUAAGUCGGAAAUCGAACGAAUUUGGAAGGCUCAGUUCGAUUCGUUGAGCCGCAAGGAUGAGCCUGAGCUCACGGAAGAGGAUGAGAAGAGGGCAGAAGUGAAGACACAGCGAAAGCUGUCCGGUCCACAUGACGGCUACACUCCUGCAGGAUCUCCUGUCGCUCACCGCGAGACUCCUGCUCCCUUGUCCCCAACAUUCAGCCGGGGCUCCUCGCUUGUCCGUGAUCGUGAAUUGAGUUUGGGUCCAGAUGCGCAAAGGAGGGUGCUACGGAUAAAGCGUUUGGUUGAUGGCGAAUGGAAGACGGAAAUCAUACGAGACAACGCUGUCAUUACUGCGUAUGUCAAGAGACGGCAGGCGCUGGAAGAGGAGGCAACUACUGCCGAUGCCCUGGCUCCGACCGGAGACGCUGAGAAGGAUCGGCGUGCGCGCAAGAGGUUGGAGGAGGAAAUUGCCCGAAUGAAGAAGAAUCAGGAAAGACGUCUCCACCGUAAGAAUGCGAAGAUAGUGAAGGAAGGCGGGACUCCGAUGCAGCUAAACCGGCCGCUCAAGCCUGAUACUACGAGACGAUGUGGGCAUUGCGGUCAGAUGGGACACAUGAAGACCAACAGGAAGUGCCCUCGUUGGGCGGAAUUCAAUUCUGGCAACCCUCCUUUGUCAACGCCCGCUGCUACGAGUCCGCCGGCAGCGUCUCCGAGUGCCUCGGGUGGUUUUGGAUUUUCUUCAAGUUCGGACAGUUUGUUCUCACCGGGUGCUUCAGGAUCCCUGCGACCUCCGAAUCCAUCCUUGAGCCUGGGAGGACAUGGUCCAUCCCCUCUUGCUACAAGCCCGCCAGUUAUGGCAAUGGACGAAGACGACGAGGUUCCUUCCACUCCGUCUCUGUCAAAUCCCAAGCUGAAGCUCACGCUCAAAAGUCAUAGCAUCAUUUCGAGCACCUGGAUGUGUGCAUUGUCUUGGCUUCGUCCCUCCGCAUCAAAGCGCACCGCCUGGUUGCGAGUUGCCAUUCUUGGGAGCUCCUUGGCGCACUCCUUGAUCCGUAUUUACACGGCGGUGCUAAGCUGGGCACUUCGCGGGUCAUUCCGCCACAAGGGACCCACUGGCGACCACAAGUGA